AGAGAGAAAAGGAGAGAGAGAAAGGAAAAGGAAGGAAGGAAGGGGGGAAAGAAAAGCAGAGAGAGGGAGAGAGAGAGGGAGAAAGCAAGCAAGAAAGAAAGAAAGAGGGGGAGAGAUUUGGCAGAGAGGCUUUUUAUGGCUAGUAGCAAGGGGAACUGAAACUUUAGUGGAGAAUAAACAGCACAUUGAUGAUUCAAACUGUAGCUAUCCAGUGUAACCUGGAUUAUGUUUUCUCUGUGAAAUUAGUCUUCUCCCUCUCCCUCCCUCCCUCCCUCCUCCCUCCCCCACCCACCUUCCUCUCUCCUUUCUCUUCCCUGCCUCCCUUCACCUCUUCUCACACCGUGCCGCCGCAGCAGCACUCCUAGGCGGGCUUCGCAGGCCAAAAGGGCGGGCUGAUCUUUCUGUGGGUCUCCUGGUCCUUGAACCUCAUCCGCAGGAUCCACGCGUAUCCAGGAUAAAGUUACUCCCAUGGGUGGCUUUUUUGCCUCUCGGGUCGCCUUUCGAAAGAGCUUCCUGUGCGUCCUACGAUGACCACAGCGUCACCUAGAGGGAGAAACAGGUCGGUAGGGAGUUUCCUCGGGGCGGAGCACAGACCCAAGUGAAGAAUGCUUUGCUGGGUCAGCCCAGGCCCAGCUUUAGACGAGCAUUCCGUUUCCAGCGGUGGCCAGCCAGGGGUCUCCGGGUUUUCCAAGCAGGGCCUGGAGGAAGGAGCCCGGUCCUUGCGCGCAAGGCGGGGGGCACCCCCCAACAAGACCAGCCUCGCUCGCCGCCCCGCUGCCUCGCCUUCCCCCGGAGCCAAGAAGCCUGGUCUGCGGGCUCUCCGCGUCGCCAGGCGAGUCGGAUGCUCUAACCCAAGACUCUGGGGCCUGUAUAUGGAAAUAGUGGGGUGCCGAGUCGAAGGAAACGCGUGUCCCUUCCGUCCCCCAGCCAUGCUUUUCCACGGCAUCUCCGGAGGCCACAUCCAGGGGAUCAUGGAGGAGAUGGAGAGGAGGUCCAAGACCGAGUCCCGGCUGGCCAAAGCGGGGCAGAUGAACGGCCGCGAAGCGAACAUGCCCCCAUUGAGCCCCGAGAAGCCUGCCCUGUGUGCCGGGUGUGGAGGCAAGAUCUCCGACAGAUAUUACCUUCUGGCUGUCGACAAGCAAUGGCACCUCCGGUGUCUUAAGUGCUGUGAAUGUAAACUCGCUUUGGAGUCAGAACUUACCUGCUUUGCCAAGGACGGCAGCAUUUACUGCAAGGAGGAUUAUUACAGGUUCUCCGUGCAGCGCUGUGCCCGCUGCCACCUGGGCAUCUCGGCCUCGGAGAUGGUGAUGCGGGCCCGGGACUCGGUCUACCACCUGAGCUGCUUCACCUGCACCACGUGCAACAAGACGCUGACGACGGGCGACCACUUCGGCAUGAAGGACAGCGUGGUCUACUGCCGGGCGCACUUCGAGAGCCUCCUGCAGGGCGCCGCCGCCGCCGCCGCCGCCGAUCCGGCCUCCUACCCGCCGCCGCAGCUGAGCUACACCGAGCUGGCGGCCAAGGGCGGCGGCCUGGCGCUGCCUUACUUCAACGGCACCGGCACGGUGCAGAAAGGGCGGCCGCGCAAGAGGAAGAGCCCGGCCCUGGGCGUCGACCUCGUCGCUUACAACUCAGGUUGUAAUGAGAAUGAGGCAGACCACCUGGACAGAGACCAGCAGCCUUACCCCCCAUCUCAAAAGACCAAACGCAUGCGCACUUCUUUUAAACACCACCAGCUCCGUACCAUGAAGUCCUACUUUGCCAUUAAUCACAACCCAGAUGCCAAGGACCUCAAGCAGCUUGCCCAGAAAACAGGCCUCACCAAGAGAGUUCUGCAGGUUUGGUUCCAAAACGCAAGAGCCAAAUUCAGAAGGAACCUUUUGCGGCAGGAGAAUGGGGGUGUUGAUAAAGCUGAUGGCACGUCACUUCCGGCACCGCCCUCAGCAGACAGCGGCGCUCUCACUCCACCCGGCACUGCGACCACUUUAACAGACCUGACCAAUCCCACUAUCACUGUAGUGUCAUCAGUGACCUCUAACUUGGACAGCCACGAUUCCGGGAGCCCCUCACAAACUACCUUAACAAAUCUUUUCUAACAUUUGACUUAAAAAAAAAAGAAUUUACUCUUUUCUUCUUCUUCUUUCUCCAUUAUUAUUAUUAUAUUAUUAUUAUUAUAAUUAUAUUAUUAUUAAUAAUAUUAUUUGCAAGACUUUAAAAAAAAAACCCACAAAAUAUUUGGGAAAAACCAGCUUUGUGUGUAGCAUCCGCAGCCACUUGGCAAAUGAGUUUGCAGUAAUUUAAUUUUAUUAUAAAGCUACAUACUCUGUCUAUAAAUUGUGUUCCGAUUUUUUUAAAAUAGCCUAAUUAAAGGGGAAGUUUUGAAUCAUUAUAUUAAGUGCCUCUUAAAAUUGUAUGUUCCUUAUUUCCAGAAUCUGGGGUGGGGUGGUGGUUGAAUUGUUACCAUGGAAACUGGAGAAUUGUGUUUCUAAACAAAGCCACAGGUUGUUAUCCUCAAACCAUUGGCACCUUAAUCUUAAAUAUCAUACAUUUGCAAGCAGGUCCCACUGAGCAGGAUUGGCUAAAACAUUUUGGUGCCUGAGGUGGAAAAUCCAAUGCUGUCCACCCAGGAGGUUUAAAAAACAAGGAGACAACAGUUUGGCACCCAAAAAGUCUACUGAGGCCUCCUUCAACCACAUGACAGGAAUGGCCCUGCUAUUGGGAUCAGUGGAACUUAUUUCUAUGUCAAUUGACGAGGCUAGCAGUCUAAAACUGGCAGUUAUACCCCUGCUUUCAUUUGUAGAAGUGCAUUUGUGUCACUCCUGUGAGGAAAAAUGUGAUGCCAGAAGUACAUACUCUAUUUGCUUUGCAAGUCAGGAUGGUAUGUGUGAUUGCUUGCCUUGUGUUUGUCACAUUUUUUCUUUUGCCCCUGAUGGCUCCUUCCUCUUGGAAAAUCCAUUUUGUGGCUCAUUUGCUGUUGCCAGAACCUACCAGGUUUGUGGUGGUUUGCACUGGCAUGAUAAACUGGCCGCUGCUUCUUGAGGCGAUAAGACAUGUGACACAUGUGCUAUUUAUGAGGAGCUAUCACAGGUUGAAAGGAAAAGCAGCCAUCACAAAUUCAGGUAUUCCCAAUCAGGGUGGAUACAGAGGACCAUUGACUUGGAACUAUAAGAACCAAGGGAUGGCUUUUGCACUUUGAGAACAUUUACAUCAUCAUCCCAAGCAGUAAGGAGGAUUUUACCAUACAUUUGAAUCUGAUGUGCAGCCAAGUGUUGUCUUUAUCCAUUCUCAGAUAUGGGAAUAUUGAGAAUCCUGGAAAUUUGACUCACAAGUAGGCAUGAACCCCUUCAGAUAUAAUAAUUUACAUUUUAUAAAUGAAGUGUGUGGGUGGUCUGUGUGAGAACAUCAUGCAGUCCGAUGUGGCCUUACUUGGGCAUAAAACAAUUCUCUCCUGUGGCCGGACCCAGACUAAUUUCUUUCAGGAUAACAGGUUCUGGCCAUUUUGAAUCAAUGCCAGGAUUCCACUACUGAAAUACUGUAUAGGAGUUAAGUGAUCUUCAAACUCCUAAUCCUCAUUUUAUUGUUAGGACAUUUUAACCUCCCAUUUUUAUUUUUAUGCAUACACAAAAGAGUGGUAGAAUUUUUACACGUGUAAAAUCAGUAGCUGAUUUCAGUAGUAAAUGUCAGUAGCCAAUGUCCUGACUAAUAUUGUGCAUGUGUUUCUAACAAAGCACACAGUUCCAUGACACAAAAAUUUCAAAAGACCCAAUUCAACAUUAGUAGUGACACCACACUUAAAGGUACCUCCUCACUUCCAAAGAGCAGACGCUCUUGUGCGAGAAUGCAGUGAUUUUCACCCCAGUUCCUUUUUGCAAGAACUGCUCUUUGACCCACAGAAACAUGUCCCUGAGGACUGCAUGAUCCUCAGGGAUGUGUUUCUGAUGUCAAAGAAUGCUUCUGGAGUAAAGAGUGAGUGGCAAAAAUCACCACACUUUUGCACAAGAGUGCCCAUGCUUCAGAAGCAGGGAGGCUAAUGUUGCACACAUGCUUUAGUUAGAAGUACAUGUGUAGUGUACAAAUGUUGACCAGUGUGUUUGACACAGUGGUUUGCCGUUAUCAGGCCUAAUUUGCAUGGGAGAAGAGAACAGAUUGUUGAAAUGUUCCCUGAGUGUGUGGUCUCCAUAUCCAAGGGAUUGGUGCAGCACUUCUUCACAGAUGAACAGAUUUGCUGUGUGAAUUCCCACAGACUUCAGAGGACAUAUGUCUGUUCUAGCACAGGGAUGAUCAACUGGUGGCCAAAAGCUGGAUUGGCCUUAGCUGGCCCUAUCAAAUUUUAAACCAAGCCCUCGUGGAAAGUUUCCCUUAGCAGGAAAUGGCAAUCUAGUUUUCAAGGGUUGUAGAUGGAGAAAAAGGCCAAUUAUAUCACUCUUUGGGAUUUGUAUGUAAUUCACCAACUAUGUUCAAACAUGUUUGGUCCAGAAUUUAUUAAAGAAGUUGACUACUUGUAAAAAGGUCAGUUUGCUUUACUUCUGGCCUGCAAUUCGGAAAACAGAGCAGCCCCAAACAAUAUAAAAGUUGGCCAUCCCUGCUAUAGGACAUCAAUUUUAAACCCAAACUCAAGUAAGCAAAUGAUGGGUUCCAGCCACAGUCAUGUUACUUCACUAAUCUUCAGUAGAAUUAACUCAACAAGAACUGGGCAUGAUCCAUAAUAACAACAAAGUGUUGGGAAUGGCUCACAUAAAUAUAGGGAUACUCUUGCAGCUCUAUAAUAAAAUCAAGUGCUUGCAUCCCAUUGAUUUCAGUGGGAGAGUUAAACACAUACUUCUCUCUCCCCAUUGAGGUAAACGGUUUCAAAGACUAGAUCUUAACCAAUGUGUUUAGAAUUGGAGUGUUGCUGAACAGGGCUUUCAUCAGUUCAGAUCAGUUGGAUGACAGUAUUGUUCAGAACUGGGCCCCAGUACUACCGGUAUGAAAUGUUCCAUUGAAAUGAAUGGGGCUACUCUGGAAGAAGCAGCUUGUGGACUGAAGCUAAAAAAUUAUGAUCAAAUUAUUGAAGUCUUUCUGGUUUUGUGUUUUGUUUUUCAUUAAGAGCACAACCCAGCAAGAUUGAAACAGUUUAAAUCCCAAUGGGGCUGGCUGAGCAAACAAACAAAAUUAUAUUCUUCUUUUAAAAACUACCAACACAAUUCUGGCUUUAAAACACGAGUGUUCAUGUCGACCAUUACGGUAGCUCUUGAAAUUUUAAAUGCAUUCCAGAGGAGAUGGAAAUAAGAAAAAUAUAAUUUCUUAAGAUGUUUAGAACCUGCUUCCCAUAUCUCUUAUUCCUUCCUGUUUUGAGCAUACAUCUGCUUGGUCUGUGAAAUGGUGUCGGCCAUUUUAAUGCAUUAACUUCACAAGGCAAAUCCAGCAAAACUGUUGUGAUGAAGGCUGCAGCCAUAUGCACGCUUACUUGGGAGCAAGCCCAGUUGGCUUCCAAAUAAGCAUGCGUUAGACUGGGUUACCACUUCCAUUAACAUAUAAGGGAUGUUGGCUAAUCCUAUUAGUCCUAUUCUAUUGCUUUCAGUGGGAUGAGAGUCAUGACAAACUUUGUUGGAUUGUGCCUUUUUCAAAAAAAUGUAAUUCUCAUAUAUAUGAUUUUAUGUGUGUGUGUGUGUAUUUAAAUAAGUACACAGACAUGCUGGCUACAAUCCAACACAGAGGUAAGCAUGCUAAAGCCCAUUGAAAUAAAAGGACUUAAGCACAUUUAAUUCUGCAUUUGAUUGUGGCUGCCUCAAUCUGUCUGUCUUGCUCUCUUUUUAAUUGCUAAAAAGAGAAAAUGAAUUAGAAAAGGAAAUUUUAUUAAAUUGGGAGUUUAAAGCUGGAAAUCUUUGAAGCUGCUAAACUCGGAAGCCUUGUGGAUGCAUUGCUGAUUGAAAUACCUUUCCUAGUUUACACUUGCGAGUGUUUGAUUUUUUUUUUUAAUUUAAGCUAAAAGUCUGAAUGGUCUGGGCAGUGGUGAAUGUUCAUUUGUAUCCUUUCUUCUGUUAAAAUACUAAUUAGCUAUGGGAGACCCUCCAAAACCAAAAUAAGAAGGGAAAAAAAAAGGUCAAGAUCUUGGUUUGGGGUGGAUUGUUGAGAAUAACUUUUUGCACAAAUACUUUGUAUUUUAGGCCCUCCCCUUCACUUCCCCUAAAUCAAAUCUCUCUCUCUCUCUCUCUCUCUCUCUCUCUCUCUCUCUCUCUCUCUCUCAAUUUUAUUUUUGGUACUCGAAGCAACUAUUUGAAAGGAAUUUCUUCUUUUUGUUGUUGUCUCUACUAAUGUGUGGAUACAUAGUGACGGUUCACUGCCCACAUUAAAGUGCAUUAUUGUAACUUUUGCUCAGGGUUUUUAGAAAAUUAGCACAGAAAAGUAGCUUAUUUUUAAAAAAAACAUGGAAGAGAUGUUAACACUGUAACAGAGGAAAAUGUGUCUUUGUCAUUAUAUAUUUAGCAAGUGUGGUCAUCAUCUUCUAGAGUGCUUAAGGCUGCUGACCUUAAAGCACAUUUAGAUGGAAGUAAGUUCAAUUGAUGUGAAUGGAAUUUACUUCCAAGUUGAUACAUUUAGGAUUGAGGUGCCAACCUUGGAUGUUUCCUGCUUCUAUUACCUUAUGGGCAUUUACCACUAACCAGACCAAACAACCUUGGAAAGGCUGAGCUCUUUAUUAAUACACUUUUACAGGUACAAAAAUAUUGAUACUUAUAAAUUUUGUUCUUUGACAGAACAACUAUAUGGUACUAUAGAUCUACUUUAUUAAGUAGACUAAUUAUAACUCAGUUCUACAAUGUGCCUUAUGCUAUAACUUGGGAGUAAGCUUGUGGAAAAAAAUCAGGAUACAUAUGUGUUGUUUGUUAAAUUAACUGUUUUAAGCCCUUUUGACACCUCACUAGUUUUGUACUGUUUUACCUCUUAUUUCUGAAACUCUUUUUAUGGUGUAUCCUGGUAGAGGGGGACAGACAUGUCAUAGAAAGCAGUUGUGCACUCUUUCGGAUAUAGUUGAUAAAUUCAAUAAUCUUAUAUAUUGAGCUUCGUGUUUAUAGUACAGUUAAGUGGUCUAGCAAACUUGUCCAUGUUUCUUUGUUUUAUUGAGAAAUGCAUUGUAUAGAAACUAUUUCCCCUAAAUAUUUAUGGACCAAACAAUUGUGAUAUAUCCUAUUAAAUUUGUGUGAAUAAACCAUUUUGAAUUGAAGGAG